AAUCUACGUCUGCUACGUCGCACGUAAGGUCAGGAGAAAAGAAGCAUGGCCGCUGUGUUGAGAGGGUGUCGGUAUCUAGUUGGAAGGUACCCCAAGCAUGUCGACUUUGCAUUUGUAUCCACAAGGUCUAUGGCCUCAAAGACACAAGUGGGGUUUAUUGGUCUGGGAAAUAUGGGAAACCCAAUGGCAAAGAACCUGCUGAAGCAUGGAUACCCAGUCAUCGCCACAGAUGUAUUCCCAGAGUCCUGCAAGGAAGUGCAAGAGCUGGGUGCACAGAUUGUGGAUAACCCUGCAGAAGUAGCAGACAAGGCAGACCGUAUUAUCACCAUGCUUCCUUCUAGUCCCAAUGUCAUAGAUGCCUACACUGGACCCAAUGGCAUUCUCAAAAAAGUGAAGAAAGGCUCACUCCUCAUCGACUCUAGCACCAUCGACCCAGCUGUUUCAAAGGAGAUGGCUGCAGCUGCUGAGAAGAUGGGAGCAGUGUUCAUGGAUGCACCUGUGUCAGGAGGAGUGGGAGCUGCCAGCUCGGGGAAGCUGACUUUUAUGGUAGGAGGAGCUGAGGAAGAAUUUACUGCAGCCAAAGAGCUCCUCAGCUGCAUGGGAGCAAAUGUGGUGUACUGCGGUCAGGUCGGAACUGGACAGGCUGCUAAAAUCUGUAACAACAUGCUCUUGGCCAUUGGGAUGAUUGGGACGUCUGAGACGAUGAACCUGGGGAUCAGACUUGGUCUUGAUCCAAAACUAUUGGCAAAGAUCCUGAACAUGAGUUCAGGCCGGUGCUGGUCUAGUGACACCUACAACCCUGUACCGGGAGUCAUGGAGGGGGUCCCCUCUGGGAACAACUACCAGGGGGGCUUUGGCACCCAGCUGAUGGCUAAGGAUCUAGGACUUGCACAGAACACCGCCACCAACACAAAGACUCCUGUCCCACUCGGCUCCCUGGCCCAUCAGAUAUAUCGUAUGAUGUGUGCACGUGGUUAUGCUAAUAAAGAUUUCUCCUCCGUGUUCCAGUUCUUGCGUGAGGAGGAGGGCCAGUAAUGUCAGCCUCCACCCCCGUCCACAGCCUUAACAGGCCUGGCCCUGCACAGGACUAGCGUAGUGUAGUUGGGGCACAUUUUGCCCCAAGGACUUUUUUUUUUUUUUCAAAGUUUGGAAAGACAUGAAGUUCUGUCCUUCAAUACAGUGACAGAUCGUGUGAGCACUUCUCUCACAUUGGAAAUCAUAUUUCCUGUGUGAAAAAGCCUUUUUAAAAGAAAAUGCAACACUCCUUUGAAUUUUAGAAGAGAGUUAUUUGUCAGACACUUAGAGGAUCCACGAGAGUAGCCAUGACUCUGCUGGUCCUACUGUAUGAAAAUGUAUUGAGUGUGGUGGGAAUUGUUAGUGAUACAAGUCGGUUUAUUAGCUCUGUUUGUCAAGGCUAAAUGACAGGUGAUGCGGUUAGGUCUCCGUAUAUUUAUCUUUUGUUUGUGAUUAUUUCUUUCCUUUGCUGUCUUUUUCUGUUCAGGAGUUUAUUUUCUCUUGGCACUGGCAAUGUUACUUUUGGAUAAGAUGUCAAUUCCUAUACUGUUGGGAAAUAAAAACAAAAUGUGAUGUCUUAAA